AUGGUAACUCUCGAAGCACUGAUCUCGCUGCAGAUGACACGUGCAUCCUUCAUCGAAGGCAUUUACAUGGAGUCACAGGAGGAGAGCAUCCAGCAGUUCGGAGUGACGGCUCUGGAUUCCAAGCUCGUCACGCUGGAAACGUAUUGGGCGAAGCUGGAAGCGCCUCAUGAGAAACUCGUUGGCCAGAAAAUCGAGAAUUUGACAUCUCUCGAUUAUUUUAAGAAUCAGGUCUUCGAUGUCGCGCUUAAGCAUUACGCUUCAGGUAGAGUAGCGCUGCUGCAGCUGUUGGAGAAGAAGGGGGCUCCUAACCUCAACCAAUCGAAUCAGGUCUUCGAUGUCGCGCUUAAGCAUUACGCUUCAGGUAGAGUAGCGCUGCUGCAGCUGUUGGAGAAGAAGGGGGCUCCUAACCUCAACCAAUCGGUUCGAGUUCCUGGCGACGUGCAACUACAGAGUUCAACGCGCCGAGCUCUUCCGGAGAUUGAGUCGCCGAAGUUCUCUGGAGUGUAUAAGGAGUGGAGGCCAUGGAGAGACCUUUUCCAUUCGCUGGUCGGGAAUAACCUGGAGAUUCUUGGAGUCGAGCGAAUGCACUACCUCCGUCUCUGUCUCUCCAAUGAACCGUUGAAGCUCAUCUCUAAUUUGCCCGUCUCUGAAGAUUCCUUCGGCAUCGCAUGGAGAAUCUUGGUCGAUCGAUACGAGAACAAGCGCUUAUUGAUUACAGCUCACCUUGACCAGCUUCUCAAUCCUGCUCCGAUGAAGACGCACGGUGCCUCAGACCUUAAUUUAUUGACGAGCUCCGUUUCUGAGGCACUCAGCGCGCUCAAAGCACUGGAUCAGCCAACAGAUCAUUGGGGUCCAAUCGUCGUUCACGUGCUCACUCGUCGCUUGUCCAACAAGCUUCGUGAGGCAUGGGAAAAUAAAAUUGGAGCCUCGACUGAGUAUCCGACGCUUGAACAUCUCCUCGAUUUCCUACAAGGUCGUUCACGAGCCAUGGAGACCUUGGAGGUUGGGUCUUCGGUGCACACAUCGAACGACGCCUCUCGUCCUUCGCAGCCCAGCGUCCAGACUCGUUCGAUGACCAAGAGUAGUGCCAAGGUCAAUCAAGCCUCAGUGUCUUCGCAUGCGCAGCAGUCAGCCCAGAAAUCUCCCAGUCCAGCACAAAUACAGUCCACAAAGUCGACGUCCUGGGCCGACGCGGGCUAUCCUCGUUCCUACUGCAAGAUGCAUCACUACAUCGCUUCUUGCAGCGGAUUCAAGUCGCUUACACCUACAGCAAGGAAGGAGGUUGUCGAACGACUCUAUCUGUGCUACAACUGUCUGGGGAAGCACAGUAUCAGAGUCUGCCAGACCACUCGAACGUGCAGGACAUGCCAGGAGAGGCACCAUUCCCUGCUGCAUUUUGAUCGCGCUCGUCGUCCAGCUCAACGUGGUCCAGCAUCUCAAGUGCCUCCCAACGCCGAGUGCUUCUGCUCCAUCGACCAACUUGCCUGUCGCUCCGAACUCUCGCUCAUCUCAGAUCAACUAGUUUGGAAGGUGAAAUUAAAGAAAACUCGUAGUUCUGUCUACAUAACAGGAGGGGGAGGAUCAUCGUUUGGGACAACGUCCGGCGAAGUACAUCUCACGCUGCAAUCGAUCCACUCAGAAGAACGCAUUGAAGUUACAGCUCACUCCCUUGAACGUCUCACCUCAACGCUGCCGUCCUUCUCAGCAGAGGGCCUCAAGUGGGAUCAUAUCGAGGGUUUAGAGCUUGCUGAUCCUCAUUUUCGAGUCUCUGCACCAAUUGACCUUCUCGUCGGUGCUGAUGUUUUUGGUGAGGUCAUCAAGCCCAACGUGAUCAGAGGAGGGGUUCAGGCUCCAGUCGCUCAACUCACCAGCUGUAGCUGGAUUGUUUACGGGCCAGCGGGACCUGAUCAACCAACAUCUUGCUCUUCUCAUCACCUGAGCGUAUCGAACGACGAGCUCAACGACCUUCUCACGAAGUUUUGGGUUCAGGAGGAAGUUCCUGGGCGCACUGACGCGAAUCUCUCAACGGAAGAAUUAGAGUGUGAACGCCACUUCCGUCAGACUCACUCAAGAGAUAGCUCAGGUCGAUAUGUCGUUCGUUUGCCCUUCUCAGCUCCAGUUUCGUCAUUAGGGAGUUCCUAUCGUCCAACACUAGCUUGUCUUCAUCGUAUGCUUGCUCGAAUCUCAAAAGAUGAGCGCUUUCUCCAGCUUUACUCUGACUUUCUCAAGGAGUAUGAGGAUCUCGAUCAUAUGAGAUCAGUAACUCGCUCGACUCAUCGCUCUUCGUCUUCGGUUCAGGCGGAUUCCGCUUGUCGUUCUGACGAGACGACCUUAGCACAUGAAGCGCAAGCUUCAGGAGGGUUGAGGGUCUCUGAAGGGCUUCAGGUAGGGCCGUCUGACGCUCAAAGGAGUUACUAUUUACCUCAUCAUGGUGUAGUCAGAGAGAGCAGUGAAACGACGAAACUGAGAGUAGUGUUCAACGGAUCAGCGAAGACCAGUUCAGGGAACUCACUCAAUGACAUUCUCCACAUAGGAGCCAAGUUGCAGAGGGAUAUCUCGGACGUGCUGCUCUGGUCAAGACAGCACAAAGUCAUCUUCAUGACGGACAUCACCAAGAUGUUCCGUCAGAUUAGAGUUCAUGAGGAUGACUGGCCCCUGCAGCAGAUUCUAUGGACCGACUCACGUGGAGAACUAGUCACGUAUCAACUGACAACAGUCACAUACGGCACGAGAUCAGCUCCGUUUCUCGCAAACCGUGUUCUUCUUCAGCUGGCUGAGGAUGAAGGACAUCGGUUCCCUUUGGCCGUCUCGCCUAUCGUGAAAGGAAGAUACGUUGACGACAUCUGUGGAGAUGCGGACACGUAUGACCAACUCGUUAGGACCGCGCAAGAAGUUCGUGAUCUCUGCGCUGCUGGAGGAAUGCCUCUGGCAAAAUGGCAUAGUAAUAGUCCAGCGCUACUCCAGUGGCUCGCUCCUGAUAGUGCCUCCAAUGACCAGCGAGUUUAUGAGGNAUGA